AUGAAGAGUCCAAACACACCAACAUACUUCACAAACCGGGCGUUGUGUUACCUGAAGAAGAAGCAGUGGGAGAGGGCAGCACAAGACUGUAGGAAUGCACUGGACCUAGAUAGAGCCCUGGUGAAGGGUCACUUCUUCCUGGGUCAGGCGCUGGUCGAGCUGGGUGUAUUCGAUGAGGGAGUAGGGAGCUUAAAGAGAGCCUUUGACUUGGCCAAAGAACAGAAACUGAACUUCGGAGAUGAUAUUGCGAGUGCAAUGCGCGUGGCCAAAAAGAAGAAGUGGAACAGUAUUGAAGAAAAACGAAUACAACAAGAGAUUGACUUGCAGUCUUACAUAAAUAAACUCAUUUUAGACGACAGAAAUAGGCAUGUCGAAGCAGUGGAGGAGAUAGUUGGGGAGGAAGAUGUAUCAAAUGAGAUUGAAACAAUAGAAAAAGAACAUCAAAGGCGCCUUGUGGAAGUAAAUGAGUUGUUUGCCCAGCUGGAUGAGAGAAGACGGAAGCGGGAUGUACCUGACUACCUGUGUGGGAAGAUAAGCUUUGAGCUGAUGCGUGAACCUGUGAUUACACCUAGUGGUAUUACCUAUGACAGAAAAGAUAUCGUAGAACAUUUGCAGCGAGUGGGUCAUUUUGACCCUGUGACGCGGACAGACCUUGUACAAGACCAGUUGAUCCCUAAUUUGGCCAUGAAAGAAGUGAUUGACACGUUUUGAGAGAACCCCUGGGCAGAGGAUUACUGACCCCUCCCAGACCUCUAUCUCCCAUCAAGCUCUCUACCCCUCUCACAUCAAAGAGGACUGUACAGCUCCGCCACAGUGUAUAUAUGUAUGAAGGGACGGGAACAAGGACUCUGUCCAACUGUGUAAUGAUCAUUGCUACACGUACCAUUGGAUUCACACUCUCUGGCAUUCCCAUGUCAUCUUUUACCAUGUCUUGUCACCACAUUCACAUUUUAUGAAAAGAUAAAAGCAGCAGGUUGGAACUACCUGGCAUUGUGUGGUAUACAAACGGUUUUAUGGAUCAAACUGUGUUUCACAUAUAGGUACUGGAAUUUUCCACUGUACUUUGUCAUUGUUGAAGUGUAUAUAUACUCCUCUUAAAGCUCAUGGCUUUGGCAGCAUUCUGUAUGUGCUGUUUAAAUAUAUUUAUACUGAUGUGAGUUUAUUUGCUGAUAUGCAAGUGUUCUCUGUUCAUAAAUUAUAUGGGGAAAAUAUUCACUUUGUUUGUGAAAGGAAGCUGCAUCCUGUCAUGGCAAAGCAAUAUGUGGAGAAUCUCUUAAUUUUUUGUCGCUUUUAUUGUACAUGUAUUAAAUGCACUUGUUAAAUACUUAUCAUAAAGAUGCAUUGGUUUUAAAGGAAUAAUAGAAUUAAACAUGAAGUAAAAUGAUCUGAAAGUAUAAAACAGGUAAACAGUUUACACAGACUUGUUGCGAUGAAUUUGUGUGUUGCACAUCAGUGGUGAGCCCAAAUCAAAGUUUGGCCCCUGAUCCAAAACUAACAUUCUCUGUUGUUAGUGUUGUAAUUGAAACUUCUGAAACAUGUAAAGAACAAUAAUUCGUUCAUGUGAUGGUCAUGAAAUAUUACCUUUAGAAUUUGUAAAUCUUUGAUUUUAAUUAAAUGUUGAAAUGG